ACCGCUGAUCCUCCGCUAUCGCUAUUCCUGCCAAGCAGUCUGAAGCAAGAUCUAAAGAUUGUGAAUUCAAUGCAGCAGAGUGGCGAGGUAGAACGUCUGCCGGAGGGGCCCCUUAGUGGCGGACCACCUGCUGGAACGUCUCAAGUCGGUGAAUCCAUCUUAAUCAAGAGAGAGAACCAGUUAAAUCCCGUUCUGGAUUCUUUGUUCAAUGCUCCGCUGGACAGAUCAGGAACUCCCGGCAUGGCAAUUCGCGCUCUAAAAUCCAUCGACCUGGAUGAUAUCAUCUUUCGGCUCCUAAAUACACAUUCGACCAAGCGCAGUAAGACGGUGUGUCUUGAGAAUACCGAGAUCACCGCCAUCUGUGGACUAUCCCGUGAGCUCCUCCUUUCUGAGCCAGCACUUUUAAAGUUGCCCGCCCCCGUUAAGAUAGUCGGCGAUAUUCACGGUCAAUAUAUCGAUCUGAUCCGAGUUUUUGAAACGUGCGGGUUUCCACCAGAAUCGGAGUAUCUUUUCCUCGGUAACUAUGUAGAUCGAGGGAAGCAAAGCCUAGAGACCAUCCUCUUACUGCUAUGCUAUAAACUCAAGUACCCGGAGAAUGUCUUCCUACUUCGCGGCAACCACGAGUGCGUCAGCGUUGGUAGAGUGGGCAGCCUAUGCUUCUAUGACGAGUGCAAGUGGCGUUGCAAUGUUAAGAUGUGGAAGAUUUUCAUCGACACGUUCAACUGCCUCCCUAUAGCGGCGAUCGUAUCCGACAAGAUAUUCUGCGUUCACGGUGGACUGUCUCCUAGUUUGUUACAUAUGGACGAUAUUCGCGGUAUCGCUCGACCUACUGAUAUACCUGAUCAUGGGUUGCUGAACGAUCUUCUAUGGAGUGACCCAACAGGUGUGGACGUGGAAGAAGACUGGAUACCUAAUGAACGUGGUGUGAGCUUUUGCUUUGGUAAAAAUGUCACUAAGGAAUUUUUGGACCGACACGGCUUUGAUCUGGUGUGCCGGUCCCAUAUGAUGGUCAAGGAUGGGUAUGAGUUCUCCCAGGAUCGGACCCUAGUGACCAUUUUCUCAGCUCCGAAUUAUUGCGGCGAGUUCGACAACUGGGGCGCUAUUAUGUCCGUCUCGAAAGAGCUCCUCUAUACUUUCGACUUGAUGAAGCCCCUGGAUCGGGCCGAGUUAAAGAAUCGCAUGAAGGAGGGUCGAAUAACGUGA